AUGCAAGGAUGUCAAUGUGAGGGGAAGGAAAAAUGUAUAGCUCGACCUGUAAACAAGCCCGAGUCCCCAGAUUAUUAUUCAGGUGUUCUAGCCACUGAGCUAGUCCAGGCUGAUAUUCAUAUACAUAUAGCCAAAAUUAUAACAACAACAUUUACCAGUGGUUCAAAAGCCUACUCAGGAGGCAAACAGACACUGGCAGCAGUGUCCAGACAAGUGGCUACGUCCGUACAGGACAUUGUCCACUGUGCCGAACUCAUUAAAGACACAGAUUGGGUUGACCCAGAGGACCCCACAGUGAUAGCAGAGAGUGAACUUCUGACAGCUGCCAAGUCAAUAGAGGCUGCUGCACAGAAACUCUCACAACUCAAACCACGCAAAAAGGCAAAGGAAGCUGAUAUGAGCUUGAACUUUGAUGAACAAAUUUUGGAAGCUGCCAAGUCCAUUGCCUCAGCCACUGCUGCUUUAGUGAGAUCUGCGCAACGAGAACUGGUGGCUCAAGGAAAGGCCAAAAUGGUGACAGCAGCGACACACAGCUUAUGCGAGUCAGCCAAUGCCAUGGUUCAGGGUCACGCCACGGAGGAGCGGCUGAUUGCCUCAGCGAAAGAGGUUGCGGGGUCAACAGCCCAUCUGUUAGUGGCCUGUAGGGUCAAGGCUGACCCGGACUCGGUUGCCAUGAAGCGACUUCAGGCUGCUGGGAACGCCGUCAAGCGAGCGACAGAGGUCCUGGUGAAGGCCGCAAAGCAGGACAAACAGCGAGAUGAAGAUGAUGUAGACGUGGCAGUGGAUUCCCGUGAAGUGGGCGGCAUUAAACAGUGGAUCGAAGCCCGAGAGAAGCUGGCUAAGUUCCGGAAGCAGCGGUAUAAAGACAACCCCCAGGACAACGACUCUUCUUCACCAUUCUAACUCUUCAGCUUCAAGUGUAUACGCAUAUUGCCUGUCAAAUGUAUUGUGAUUUCAUAAUGGCUUCCAUGUCUAAUGUUCGGGUCAAAACAAGACCAUGAAGACAAACGUUCCAGUGAAUGGGAUCUGGGGUGUGUUUUGGAUCAGGAAAGCGUUUUAGCAGAUUGGUUUUUUGUUAAGAGAGAUAAGAGGUGUGCUUGACUGCAUACCAUGGUUGAAUGGAAAUAGUAAACAGGGAUCAGAUACAAAGAUGACAUCUCCUAGUAUUUAUAGACAUGUUAUUUAUAGACAUGAUGUAACAUGUGGGAGGAGUGAUACCAGCAUUGUAGAACAUUCUAUUUUAAGAAAUUGUUAAACAAGAAAUAUUAAGAGAACACCUUCUACUCAGAAUAGAUAGAAUACAUGAGGCCUGUCUUAAUGGUACAUCUUUAUCAAAUGGAAUUGUCAUAGCAUAGUGUGUAUAUUGUAACACAAAAUUUGUGAUAUAUGUGUGUUUAAAAUAAUAGAAUUAUUAUGCAAUAUUAAUAUAUGAAUUUUUAAUACCACUUUCACUUGAAAACCAUAUUUUUGUGGAUUCGCUAUACAACUCUGUAAUGAAAUAAAUAAUGUUGCUGACACUGCAUGUGAUGUGAGACGUAUGUACAAAUAAUAACAUUAUGUAUCAAUACCUAUAUACUAACAUCAUGGAGUAAUCCUCCCUCAUUUUUUGGAAUGAGUGUGAACCAUAAUUUUUUUGUUUGCUGUUGCUAUAGAAACACUAGGCCUGGGUGUUUAUUUUGUUAGCUGUUGCUAUAGAAACACUAGGCCUGGGUGUUUAUUUUGCUAGUUUUACUUUGUGUUAACAAUAGACAUUUAUGGAUGACAUUUUUAUUUUAUGGCUUUAUGACGAGUAAUACCAA